UCCCUCUACGUUUAUUACUCUAUGGUUCUUCAUUAAGAUGUCUUUGUGAUCUGUCAAUUUCCUUCUCUGUUAUCUGUGAUAGAAAAGUAACAUGAUAGAAAAGAGAAAACAUGGAUAAGUAGAUAGAAAAGUAACAUUGAAUGAAAAAUUUAUUGUUCCAAGUGUGUGGGUUCCAAAAUGCUGAACUAUUAGAGAGUUUUAAUUAAUAAUAAAGUGUUCUCUGCUUACCACACUUUAUAUCAUAACUCAACAAGAAAAAUGGAAUUAACUGAAUAUCCUGUCGAGGAGAGAACAGAACUGUUAUCAAUUGAAUCUAAUCAUGUGUUCAAGGAUGAAGAGAGUUGUGUAACUUGUAAGAUUGAGACUGAAGAUUUGGAUGUUGUCGAAGAAUUCAUUGAUGAAAAUGAAAUACAUAACAGAGAAGCAUUCAUAGCCAAAAUUGAAAGUAAUGUUGAUUCAAAUGUCAUCAAAAUGGAGUUGUGUGAGGAUAAAAGUAAUUCUCAAUUGAUUUCUAAAAAAGAGAUCAACAUUAAAAUUGUUGAUUCAAAGCAAGUAGUUUGUCACCUUUGUGAGUUUUCUUCUAAACGAAAAUAUGUGGUUGAAAAACAUAUAGAUACUGUCCAUUUAAAUUUAAAAAAAUACAAUUGUCAAUUAUGUGAUUACGCUACAAAUUAUAAUUCUGAUCUCAAAAAGCAUGUGAAUAAUGUUCAUUUAAAUUUGAAACACCACAAGUGCCACUUAUGUGAGUAUGCUUCAAAUAGUAAAUCUCAUCUUUCAGAUCAUAUAAAUUCUGUUCAUUUAAAAUCCAAGCGACAUAAAUGCAAUUUCUGUGAUUAUGCUACAAAUCAUAAAUCCCACCUUAUGGCUCAUACAGAUUCUGUCCAUUUGAAUUCAAAAGCGCAUAAAUGCCAUUUAUGUGAUUUCAUUUCUAAUUGGAAGGCUGUUCUGAAGACGCAUAUAAAUUCUAUUCAUUUGAAUGCGAAUAAUCAUAAGUGUCACUUAUGUGAGUAUGCUACAAAUGUGAAAUCUCGUCUGAAAGAACAUAUAAGUUCCGUUCAUUUCAGUUCGUAUACACAUAAAUGUCAUUUAUGUGAUUAUUCUUCUAAUCGUACAUCUCAUUUAAAAAUCCAUAUAGAAUCUAUUCAUCUGAAUAUAAAACAAAUGUGCCAUUUAUGCAAUUCUGGUUUCAACAGAAAAAGUAAUCUUGAGUCACAUAUAAAUUCCGUUCAUUCAAAAUUGAAGCAUAAUAAAUGUGAUUUACGUGAAUAUUCUACAAAAUCAGAAUCUGAUCUCCAAAAACACGAAAUUUCUGUUCAUUCGAAUUCAAUAGAAGUUACGUAAUUAUGUUUCAAAUGAGUCAGUAAAAUUAAUUGUUUUCAUUUAAUUUUUUUUGUCAUUUUUCUUAUAACAACAAAUUAAUUGUUAUUUUCUACAAUGUCUACUAUAUAAUUCUCAACUUCAAUUUCUGUGUAAAUUGAUUAUCACAAUAAAUAGUAAUAAUUUUGUAUUCAUUA